GACAAGGAAACAGAUUAUCCAAUCCGACGCAUAUAAUGGCACAACGAGCGCGUGGGGAUCGUAAGGUCCAGCUUCGGAUCUCGAAAUCGCACAUGGCCUGCCUUCUCCUGCAUUGAUCCAUGAAAACUAAGGAAUUUUGAAGCCUCUUUCACAUUUUACUUUCCCGAGCAGUGUACAAAAUUUAAAGUAAAAAAACUCAACGAAAUACGAAGUGUGUGUCGUGUAAUCUACCACUCUUGCUUCAUAUUUUUGGCGGAGCUUCCGUUUUCUUCUUUCUCCUCUACUUCGAUUGGGGAAAUCACGCUGAGCGUACUGAUUUUUUUCCAUUUUCGCUUCUGGGUUUUGCUCUACAAGAUGAAUUACUGAUUCCCAUUGAUCGAGGAAGAGAAAUUCGGAUCUGGGUUGCGUGAUUCUGUUCGUUUGUUUCCUCAUUUCUGGGUUUCUGUAUGUCUCGAGGACCGAAUUAUGAGUUCCAAGAAUGGUGGAACAAGCAGAGAGAGAGGAACCACGACGAACUCUCGCUGGAAAAGCCCGACAACUUCUCGGCCUCCCCUCCAUUUCUCACCGUUGAGAUCCCGAAACCUGGGGCUCCCGGAGAUCGGACGGCUGAUAAGGACCGGGUGAGAACACGGAGUGCCCGCCAGAUUUCAUGGGUAUGGCUCUUGAAAUUCCAGCAAAUUGCUGGCUCCUUGGCCUCCAUCACCAAUGGCGUCGUUUACCUUAUCCGCACUGCCAAUCGUCGGAUCGCGUCUCGAGAUUCUCCAGCUGAUUCAGCCUCAUCUCGGCUCUAUAGGGUUAUCAAAGCCAUUUUGAUCAUAGUGCUGCUAUUGCUCGUCUUUGAGCUUGUGGCCUACUUCAAUGGCUGGCACUUCAGCCCGCCGUCGGUGAGUUCCGCUUCAGCGGAGGUUCUUGGAAUGAUAGGCUUUCUGUAUGCUAAUUGGCUUGAGAUUCGUGCAAAUUACUUGGCUCCGCCACUACAGAUCUUGAUCAAUAUGUGCAUUGUGCUGUUCCUGAUCCAGUCAGUGGAUCGUUUGGUUUUAAUGCUAGGGUGUUUCUGGAUCAAGUUCAGGCGAUUGAAGCCUGUGGCAGCGUUCGAGUACUCCAUCUCUGACGAAAAUGGUGCUAGUCUUGAUGAUUAUCCAAUGGUGUUGGUGCAGAUUCCCAUGUGCAAUGAGAGGGAGGUUUACCAACAAUCUAUUGCAGCUGUUUGUAUCCAGGAUUGGCCAAAGGAUAAAAUGCUUGUACAGGUUUUAGAUGAUUCUGAUGAGCUAGAUGUUCAACAACUUAUCAAGGCUGAAGUACAAAAAUGGCAACAGAGAGGUGUGCAUAUACUGUAUAGACACCGCCUCAUACGGACAGGAUACAAGGCAGGGAAUCUCAAAUCUGCAAUGGGGUGUGAUUAUGUGAAAGAUUACGAGUUUGUCGCAAUCUUUGAUGCGGAUUUUCAGCCAGGACCAGACUUUUUAAAGAAAACUAUUCCACAUUUCAAGGGGAAUGAUGAACUUGCAUUGGUCCAAACAAGGUGGUCAUUUGUGAACAAGGAUGAAAACUUGCUCACAAGAUUGCAGAACAUAAAUUUAUCAUUCCAUUUCGAGGUCGAGCAGCAAGUAAAUGGCAUGUUUAUCAACUUUUUUGGUUUCAAUGGAACUGCUGGAGUCUGGAGAAUUAAAGCUCUAGAAGAAUGUGGGGGCUGGUUAGAAAGAACAACUGUUGAGGACAUGGAUAUUGCUGUUCGUGCUCAUCUUUUUGGCUGGAAGUUCAUAUAUCUAAAUGAUGUGAAGUGCCUUUGUGAACUUCCAGAGUCAUAUGAAGCAUACAAGAAACAGCAACACCGCUGGCAUUCAGGCCCAAUGCAGUUGUUUCGUUUGUGCUUCUCAGAUAUACUCAAAUCAAAGAUGAAUUGGAAGAAGAAAGCUAAUUUGAUUUUUCUUUUCUUCCUCUUGCGAAAGCUCGUCCUUCCGUUUUAUUCCUUUACCCUGUUCUGCAUCAUUCUCCCUCUGACCAUGUUCCUUCCGGAAGCUCAUCUACCGGCUUGGGUCGUUUGCUAUGUUCCUGGAAUCAUGUCGAUCUUAAAUAUUCUCCCCGCACCCCGGUCGUUUCCUUUUAUAGUCCCCUAUCUUCUAUUUGAAAACACCAUGUCCGUUACCAAAUUCAAUGCCAUGAUAUCAGGGUUAUUCCGCUUUGGAAGUUCAUAUGAAUGGAUAGUGACGAAAAAACUGGGAAGAUCAUCUGAAACCGAUCUAGUUGCUUUUGAAAAAGAAUUAGAACCUCUAGUUGAAAGUUCAGGUCUUCAUCGAUCGUCCUCAGAUUCAGGUCUUCAGGAACUGACGAAGCUCGAGAUAUCAAAGAAAGCAGGGAAAGGCAAAAGAAACCGUCUGUACAGGAAGGAAUUGGCUCUUGCAGUUAUUUUGUUAACCGCCUCGGUGAGAAGUUUGUUAUCUGCGCAAGGGAUUCACUUCUACUUCCUAUUAUUUCAGGGCAUCACUUUUCUAGUAGUCGGUCUCGAUUUAAUCGGAGAGCAGGUCAGUUAGUUAACUUAUGAUGUUGCCAUUUUGGUUGCCGGUCAUCUGUGACCUACAAAUCAAAAUCUAUUGCAAUGUGAUGAUGUUAGAGCAAAACCGUUAUGGUUCAGUGUAGUGUUUAUUCCCUCGUUCGCUCUCAAUUGAAGCUGCGAAUCACUACUUGCUCGUGUAUUUGAGAUAUAUUUGCUUCUGAUAGCGGGACUAUUAUGUCGUCGUGGUUGAUCCUUUCGAGUUGGAGAAAGGCUGUGAGAUGUUAAAAUUAUAGAAAUCAAAAAGGAAAGACCAUCAAAUAGCAUUGUGUACUUUGCAGGUGCCAAAGAGCAGGGAAUUCUGAGGUUAUUGGAACCUUCAUUCUUUAUUUUUGUCAAAACCGAUAGUUUUCUGUACCAUGAAUAAAUAAUUCAUUGUAUGUGUUGAAAUUCAUUGAUGUUUUGAAACUUGUAUUCUAUUUAAGUCAAGGGCAAAGUUGUCAUUUCUCCGA